GCUCAUUAGUAAAAAAUCUCUUGGGAAAAUUUACCGUAAAUCGACCAAUUUAACUAUUGAUUACGUCAGAGGGUCACUCAGGUCAAAAUCUCCAAGUCCCACAACGCAUUGCGACUUGAGGGCCAUCAUGGAUGAUUCUAGUCUAAGACUUGCAUACUGGGGUGACCCCCACUAUCCACGCCAGUUCCUGAAUGGGUUAGAGGGCCUGAGGUCAGAGGGUCUCAUGUUGGACGUGACGCUGUGUGCGGAAGGGAGGGAGAUCCCCUGCCACCGCCUGGUCCUGUCUGCCUACGCUGACUACUUCCACGCCAUGUUCUGUGGAGUUCACAGCGAGAGUAAGAAGGACAGGAUAGAGAUAUUAGGUGUGAGUGCAGAGGCACUACAACAGCUGGUGGACUAUGCCUACACUUCCAGGAUCACCAUCACUACUGACAACAUCCAGCCACUGUACGAAGCAGCCAACAUGCUGCAGAUUUGGCCUGUUGAAUCCCACUGCGAAAGAUUCCUGAUCGACCACAUGAGUCCUCAAACAUGCCUGGGGAUUUGGGUACUGGCAGACAAGAUGCUGUGUACAUAUUUGGCUGAGAUGGCAAGAAGUUAUGCCGCAAAAUAUUUUGAAGAAGUGCGCAAGACGGAGGAGUUCCUUGAGCUGCCUAUGGACUUCCUGAAGAAGUACAUCUCAGAUGAUGACCUUAAUGCUAUGAAGGAGGAAGAAGUGAUCGAGGCUGUCAUGCUUUGGGCAAGACAUGACCUCAAGGAACGACAGAAACACCUCAAGGAGCUUCUGGAGUAUGUCCGCUUCUCACACCUGGACUCAGAAUAUCUUAAGAACAUCAUAGAGACUGACAAGGAGUUUGCUGAGGCGUCGGGAAUCAUUAAGGAACUGAUGAAGGGUCAGUCCAAGAAGGCAAGAUCUUGUCAGACAUUUCAGGGAGAGAUUCUCCUUCUUGGCGGAACAAGUACAGAUGACGACGAUGAGGUAAAAGCUCAGGGUAAUAUCUACAGACUGGACACCUUUGGCAACUGUGUUGACACCACCCCACUGUACAUAUUAGUGCAGAAUAGCAGAUGGUUUGCAGCGUGUGUUCUUGGUAGCGACGUGAUCGUGACUGGCGGUCUUCGGUCACUAGCGUGGAGAUACAGCCCGUCUCUCAACACGUGGACUCUCCUGGGGCUUCCGGGGCCAGCAAGGAGAGGUCUUCAUGGAAUGGCCGUCUUGCAGGGACAGGUGUACGUUGUUGGUGGCAUGUCUUACAAUCAGGAUUCUCUUGAGUUGUUCCUGAUGGAGUCUACUGAGGUGUACGAUGAAACAGCAGACAGUUGGAACGAAGCAGCACCCCUUAAACAGGCAGUCAGUAAUUUUGGCAUAGCCAACUGUGUUGAAAAGCUGUACGUGUUUGGGGGCAAGAUUUCCGUUGACAAUCUGACAAAUCUAGUCCAGUGCUACGACCCUGCCCGAGAGGAGUGGACGUUUGUGUCACCACUGCCAACACCACAGAAUUGUGUGAACGCAUGCGCUGUUAACAGCUGCAUCUUCUUGGUCGGUGGACAGUUGAACUGCGUUCUGUGCUACAACACUGAGUAUGACGAGUACACGGAAGUAACUGAACUACUGGUUCCAUGGGAUCUAAGCAGCGCUACUCUGUGUGGGCAUGAGAUCUUCAUAACCGGUGGCUAUAACCAUGCAACCAACACUCCUGUAUCUACAGUUCAGUGUUUCGAUGUGAACAGUGGUACCAUCAUGCGCCUCCAAGACUUGCCUGUUCCACUAUGGGGGCACAGUGUUGUAACAAUACCAAAGCUAUAGAUGGUUAGAAGAGAUUUCUUUGGCAGCAAAUUAUAGAUUGAGGAUGUUAUGCAUCUACAGAUUAUGAUUUAUUUUGAUUUCAUUUUAUUUCAUUUUACGAUUUAUUUAUUAUAUUUUCAGAGGCACCACACAAACAGGACUAGGGACUUGAUGGAAGAAAUCUUCCCACUUGAAAGGUUAUUAUGAUAACGUAUUGUGUGGUUUUUCACAAAAAUGGACUUUAGUGCACUAUGAGGACUGGUGUAGUAGGUAUUAUAUGCUUGAAUGUAUGUGAGCCAUAUCUGAGUCUCUCAGUGUAAAUUGAUUUAUACUUUUUCAUCUGCUAGUCCAAAGGAACUAAAGUGUUGCUGAAUUUAGCAGAAUUCAUAUUUAAAAGAGGUUAAUUUCGCAAUGCCAAAGUCAUAAGCUGGUGAAAAGAUGUGUCGCUAUCUUGUUUGAACCAGGUGCUAUUGAUCAGUGAUAUUGUAUAUCAAACUAUAUGAUUAUUUAUUAUUGCAAAUUUGAUUUUUUUUUUAAUUUUUGAUUUUGUUUGAAAACUCAGCAAAAUGACAACACUUGUAAGUUUG